GCAGAGGACUGUGGCAGUGAGAGCCAUGGAACUGUCGAGGUCAGCCAGUCCAACCCCCUUAAUUCAACAAGGAAGAGAUGAAGCCUCAGAAAAGGACAAGCAAUACCCUUUGACCCAGCAAUUCCACUGCUAGGAGGAUGGCAUCCCCCAGAAGGACCCUGUCUCAGACACAAGAAUGGAUUGGAACCUCCCACAGGAUCUCUGAGCUGAGCCAAAAAAUCCACUUCUAUGACCAAUGGGCUUCUGACUAUGAUCAGGAUGUGGGCAUCCUGGAUUACCAAGCUCCCCGCCUGGCUGUGGACUGCUUGGCUUCGGCCUUCCCCUCUCCUCCCCAAGAGGCCUUGCUCCUAGAUGUGGCCUGUGGUACCGGACUGGUGGCUGUUGAGCUACAGAGACACGGAUUCUGCAACAUCCAUGGAGUAGAGGCAAGCAAAAAUAUGCUAGAGCUGGCCAAGAGGCGAGGUUUAUACCAACAGCUGAGCCUCUGUAUCCUGGGCCCCCAACCCCUGCCUGCCCCUUCAGAUCAUUAUGAUGCAGUGACGGUUGUUGGAGCCCUCAGUGAUGGGCAGAUUCCUUACACCGCAGUGCCCGAGCUCCUCCGGGUCACUAAGUCAGGGGGUCUGGUGUGUCUCACCACCCGAGCCAACCCUUCAAAUCUUCCCUACAAAGAGGCCCUGGAGGCAGAGCUGGACCGACUGGAGCAGGCUGGGGGAUGGAAGCGAGUUCUAGUCCACAUUGUGCAUCAGUGGGAGCGGGCUACAUCUGAGCAAGAGGCUGCAGGCUCUGCAGGCAGCAACCAAGGCUUCAUCCCUGGGAUCAUUUACCUUUAUCAAAAACAGGAAGCUACCCCAGCCAAAGGCACUGGGGUCUAAUGGGCUGCAUGCAGAAGACUGCAGGCCAGUGGUCAGCUGUGUGGCCUCAUGCAAGUCACUUCCUUCCAGUACUUAGCAUAAUGCCUAGCACAUAGUAGGCACUUUUGGGGGGCAAGGCAAUGGGGUUAAGUGACUUGCCCAGGGUCACACAACUAAUAAGUAUCUGGUAUCUGAGGCCAAAUUGAACUUAGGUCCUGCUGACUUCAGGGCCAGUGCUCUAUCCACUGUACCACCCGGCUGGCCCAUGGGAGGCAUUUAAUAAACAUCGAUUAAUGCCUCAACUUGAUUUUUCUCAGCUCUAAAAUGGAGACAAAUCAACCCUGCCCUGAUCCCUCAGGGAUGGUUUGCACAUAAACACAUAAACCCACAUAAAAUGUGAUCAGGAUUUGAACCCAGGUCCUCUGACUCCAAAUCCCAGUGCAUCAGUUCCACUCAUUCUGAGUCUUAGAGAAAGGAAAUGUCCCAAGCCACAUAGGAUUUGAACUUUCAGUCACCCCAUUCCAAAUUCAGUAUUAUUUCCCCUUUACCCUACGGAUCCCAUCUCACUAAAUGAACUUUUAUAAAUAAGCAAACAAACCUUCUGUAGAGCCAAUAAAUCAUCUAUCUCA